AUGGCUGCAUGGCGGAGUUGUAAAUACAAGGCAAAGUUAAGUUUGAAGGAUUCGCUUGGUUCACAAUUGCUAAAGCGUAAGUGUGCAGGCAUGAAGAGACUUGAAGAUGAAUCCCAACAGAAGCCAAUAGCGGACUAUUUCUGGCCAAUUGCCGAUUCUCUAUUCUGGAACAUUCUGGUAGAGGCUAUCUUUGAGGCAAUCUCCAUGGAUUUCUGUGAAAAAGGAGUUGUAAUGUCUCGUCAGGAUGCUCAGGAUCUGGUCUCGAGUCCCGUUGGGGACCAAGGUGAUGCCUAA